UAAUUGUCCCCAAACGUUUGAACGGUAGUGUACAUAUGAAAUGGGUAAAAGCAGUUUGUAAACAUUACUAAAGUGACCAGUAACUAAAGUUCGGGGCAAGGUACUGGGCAGAGGCUGGCUAGUGGUGACAAUUUAACAGUCUGAUGGCCUUGAGAUUGAAGCUGUUUUUCAGUCUCUUGUUCCCAGCUUUGAUGCACCUGUACUGUCUCCUCCUUCUAGAUGGUAGCAGGGUGAACAGGCUGUGGCUCGGGUGGCUGAGGUCCUUGAUGAUUUUCUUGGUCUUCUUGUGACACCAGGUGCUGUAGAUGUCCUGGAGGGCAGACAGUGUACCCUGCGGUUGCGGAGGGGGCAGUUGCUGUACCAGGUGGUGAUACAGCUUGACAGGAUGCUCUCAAUGGGGCAUCUGUAAAAGUCUGUGGGUCGUAGGGGCCAAGACAAAUGUUUUCAGCCUCCUGAGGUUGAAGAGGCGCUGUUGCGCUUUCUUCACUACACUGUCUGUGUAGUUGGACCAUUUCAGAUUGCCACUGAUGUGUACUGCAAGGAAAUUUAAGCUUUUCACCUUCUCUGGAUGGGGCGUGCUCCCUCUGCUCUCUGCUGAAGUCCACGAUCAGCUCCUUCGGCAAGCAGUACCGGAGCACCAAGUCUAGGUCCAAGAGGCUUCUAAACAGCUUCUACCCCCAAGCCAUAAGACUCCUGAACAUCUAAUCAAAUGGCUACCCAGACUAUUUGCAUUGCCCCUCCCCCCUAUUUUACAAUGCUGCUAGUCUGUUUAUUAUCUAUGCAUUGUCACUUUAAUAACUCUACCUACAUGUACAUAUUACCUCAAUUAUUUACUGCUGCUCUUUAAUAUUUGAUACGUUUAUUUGUUAUAUUUUGUAGGUAUUUUUCUUAACUGCAUUGUUGGUUAUGGGCUUGUAAGUAAGCAUUUCACUGUAAGGUCUACACCUGUUGUAUUCGGUGCAAGUGACAAAUACGAUUUGAUUUAGUUGACUUUGAGGAAGAGGUUAUUUUCCUGGCACCACUCUGCCAGGGCUUUAAUCUGCUCACUGUAAGCUCUCUCAUUGUUGUUAGUAAUCAGGCCUACCACUGUUGUGUAUUCUGCAAAUUUGGAGAUUGAGUUGGAGUUCUGCGUGGCCGUGCAGUCAUGGGUGAGCACACACCCUGGCGGGCCCCUGUGUUGAGGAUCAGCGUAGUGGAGGUGUUGUUUCCUACCUUCGCCACCUGGGAGCGGACCAUCAGGAAGUCCAGGACCCAGAAGCAAAGGGUGGGGUUCAGACUCAGGGCCCUGAGCUUAAUAAUGAGCUUGGAGGGUACUAUGGUGUUGAAGGCUGAGCUGUAGUCAAUGAACAACAUUCCUAUAUAGGUAUUCCUCUUGUCCAGAUGGGAUAGGGCAGUGCGAUGGCGAUUGUGUCAUCCGUGGAUCUAUUAGGGCGGUAUGCAAAUUGCAGUAGGGGUGGGGUGGGCAAUUCCAGUCCUGGAGGGCCUGAUUGGUGUCAGUUUUGCCCCAGCUAACACACCUUAAUCCAAUAAUCACCUAAUCAUGAUCUUCAGUUUAGAAUGCAAUUAGAUUAAUCAGCUGUGUUUGCUAGGGAUGGAGAAAAAGUGUGACACCAAUCAGGCCAUCAAGGACUGGAGUUGCCCAGUCCCCUGGUCUAGGGUGUCUGGUAAGUUGAAGGUGAUAUGAUCCUUAACUAACCUCUCAAAGCACUUCAUGACAGAAGUGAGUGCUAAGGGGGUGAACGUAAUUUAGUUCAGUUACCUCCGCUUUCUUGGGUACAGGAACAAUGGUGGACAUCUUGAAGCAAGAGGGUACAGCAGACUGGGAUAGGGAAAUAUUGAAUAUGUCUUUAAACACUCCAGCCACCUGGUCUGCACAUGCUCUGAGGGGGUGGCUAGAGAUACCCCUACACCAUGUUCAUUCAUCUCCUAUUCACACUGCACUUAGCAAUGUACAAAUGCUAUAACUUUCAUAAUAACAUCAACCACCCACCCCAUCAAAUAAGUCACUCUCUGGACAUGAGUGUUUGUUUCAUUCAGGGUAGGUGUGUGGGCCGGAAUCAAAGGGUUGCUACUUAUUGUUCGUGUCUGAAAAGGAGCUAAUGGUCGGCCAUCGCUACUCAACGACUAAAAGCCGCGGGGUGCCCCCGGGCCAAGUCGCACAAUGACACCCCCACUCCUCCCGCGGCGCGUCUUCCUGCCACAAUCUGAAGCCAACGACUCGCUAUGGGGGUGCGUAUCUGUAUCGGUGUGACGGCCAUCCACUCUUUUCAAUACACCCAUCAAGGCUAGUAUAAAUUCGACUGGAUGCUUUUAGUUGUUUUAGUAAUUUCCUCUGCGUUGUCCUGAUUUUACAGUCAAAAAUUGGUUUCUGUAUGUAAAUUGAGCGUAAAGUUGUCACUUCAGAAAAGUUCAACCAUUAUGUGCAUCAUUCGUUGACUUAAUUGUCUUUUUUGAAAUGUCAUAAGAAUGCUUUUAAAUUCUAGACUUACUGACCUUUUUCACAUGUAUUUCUGAAACAGUUUAGUGAUAGCCAUGUAAUUAGGCUACAGCGCCAUCACAUUCUAGGCCUUGUCUCUCGGACCAAAAGGAUGGUCUAUACAUUGAAAUAUGACAACAUUAACCUAAUUCUUUAUUGGUUAACUUCACUAAUGCUUGUGAGUCACAUAAGGCCAAUGUGUUUUGUGUAUAAGUCUAAACCUCAAUGAAAAUGCAUUGAGUCGGUUAUAAUUUCCAUUUAACAAAUGUAUUUUUCCCACAAACAUUUGUUUUACAUUUUAAAUUCUAACAAUUAGCCAAAAAAAAAUCAGCAAGUGAAAAUAGAUGGGUCUAUGCUAUUACAUUUUUUAUUUUGAUCGAAUGGGAUCCCUCACUUAGACUCGAUAAUUAUUUUUGCACAAAAUGUGCUUUAGGCUAUGAAAAAGAUAUAUACUAAUCUUUAUAUAGCCUAUUGUUUUAUAGUGUAAUAUAAAAUUGAUAAGUUGAGCAUGAUCAGCAAGGUUGCCCAAAUGUUGUUAAAUUAAAUGUUAUUGUUGAUUUGAAACCAAUUUUGCGUAUACUUUCUUGGCCUAUAUGCCAACAUUUAUAAUGAGUGUUAGUCAAAAUAUGUAGGCUAUCCCAAAUCCCUUUUAAUAUCAAGGAAAGCUAGUUAAGGUAAAUGAUUUAAACAAUGUCCACACAACGCUACAUGCAUAUUAGAUACUUACGUCACUGAAUAUGUAUUUACUACUUAGUCAUGUAGGCUAAAUAUAUUAAAUGGAUCAACAUUGAAGUCGUGAAUUAGAUAACUUUUUACUAGAUAAUUUCCUUGAAUUGCUUACAGGAUUUUUGCAUACACACCUGAGCUUGUGUUAUUUAAAUGAUAUCUCAGGAAAACGAAUAACACACAUAUAUAUAUAGUGGGAAAGCACUACCUUACCUGUUAUCUCACGGUCAGUGUUAUCAGGGAUCUUUGGGACGUCCCUACACUAAACUUUAACCCCUACCUUUAACCUAACCUUAAACAUAACCCAUACCUAACUAACCAUUUACAUUUCAACUUCAAUGGGGGGUAGGGACGUCCCAAUGAUACCGGAUAGCAUGGACCGUUAUCUCACCGUGAAGGGAAAAUAAUCAAGUUCGUUCGCAAAUUCACAAUCAGCUGUGUAUGAUUGUCUCUCGUAGCCAAUGGGAUGCGAGGCAAUUAACAUCCCAACACCGAUUGAUUAAAAAAAACUGUGGAGCUGUGGUGUUGUGAGACGACCAUUUGAAGGUGAAGUAGGUGGUGAACUCGAGACUCAAUGGACUACAGUUGAUAAGGUAUCUCGCACACAGGCUUCUAUUUCUGUACAGGUUUGUUUCCACACAGCGUGAAGAGGAACUUUCGGGAUUGAUUUUCACCCUUUAAGGAAUUGCUCAAAGAACACUGGCGUUUGGACAUUUUCUUGCCACCCUCAAGUGUUCAGGGCAGGCCGUUCAGAAACGAUUUUCUAUCUUGCGUAAUGGGUAUAUAGACGGUAUAGACUGCAAGCGUGUCAUUGACUAUAACCAAGUGCUUGAACCACAUUGUCUGAGAUUAAAAUCAAGGAGAAUGUCGGAGCGAUCUCAGAGCCCUAUUUCGGAUUGCAACAGCCGGCCGGAUGACUUCAGCCGACCCAUGUACGCCCAGGCCUUGGGUCAAGAGACGUUUGGCGGCACGUCGCUCCAGAUCCCUCACGGCGUUCUACAGCACCACAGUCUUCUAUUCAACAAGACUGCAUACAAUGGGUUGCCCCCAACACCUCAAACCUUUUUUCAAUUCCCACCGUCCGGUGGUGACUAUAGGGCCUCCGAUUUACAAGCCGGUGACUUUUGCCAACCCAAACACUGGUAUCCCAUCGCCGCUCCCGAAUACACCGGCCAAGUACCGAGGGUUGCAGUGACUACGCAGGCCACAAACCUGAGCCCACCCAUUGCCGAAGCCAGGGAACAAAUCAAAAUGCCUGAUAUAAAGAUUGAGAAGGAUGUCAAUGACGAGUAUGAGGUAAAGAGUCAACAGUAUCCAACUCCGUCGUCCGCUGUGGCUCAUGGGGUUUACUACUCGACCCCAUGGAACCCCUCGUUUUGGCCCGGUCUUCCCCACAUCACUGCUGCGAGUUCCAAUACUCAAAGCCUCAACUCCAUACCCUCAACAUCGUCUUCAACAUCCCCAUCGCUCUCGCCGUCACCCCCCAGCAAUGGGUUACCCGGGAUCACGUUCAACGGGUGCGCAAGCCAAGGUGCCCAAGCGCAAACCCAGAGCAAUGGAUCCUCCAGCGGUGGGUGCAGCGACUCCGAGGAAGAGGAGAACCCUUCAACUGAGGAGCUGGAACAGUUCGCCAAGGAGCUGAAGCACACGCGUAUAACACUGGGUUUCACACAAGCAGAUGUAGGAAUGGCUCUAGGCAAUCUUUAUGGCAAGAUGUUCAGCCAGACUACAAUCUGUCGUUUCGAAGCCCUCCAGCUCAGCUUCAAGAAUAUGUGCAAACUGAAGCCCCUGCUUCGGAGAUGGCUGAAUGAGGCUGAGACCUCUGACAACCCCCAGGAUAUGUACAAGAUCGAGCGGGUGUUUGUGGACACCAGGAAGAGGAAGCGGCGGACCAGUCUGGAGGGUUCGGUGCGCACGGCUCUAGAGUCCUACUUUGUCAAGUGCCCCAAGCCCAACACUCAGGAGAUCACACACAUUGCAGACGACCUGUGUCUGGAGAGAGAUGUGGUGCGUGUGUGGUUCUGUAACCGCAGACAGAAGGGCAAGCGCCUGGCCCUCCCUUUCGAUGAGGAGUGUGAAGGACAGUACUACGAGCAGAGCCCACCUCCCCCGCACAUGACCCACUCCCCCCUCCCUGGGCAGGGGUACCACCUAUCCAGCCACACCGGGGCCCCCACUUUCUACAUGCCCCCCCUCCAGAGGCCAGAUGUCUUUAAGCAGGCCCUGCACCCUGGACUGGUGGGUCACCUGACCAGCUAAACGUGUUCCAGUUCUCCAAAACAGCCCUGACCAUGUGGCCUUCCUUUCCCACCCAACAUAGCUAUUUUCUA